AUUUCAUCUCAGAUACAAUACCACAUGUGACAUUAUCCGGUUCACCAUCCAUUUGGCCCAGCAGCUCAGAAUCCCGGACCCGCAGGAUAAGAAUUAAGUAUUAAAAGCCGCACUCAAAUCAAUGUUCCUCAAAACUCAACCUCUCCACUUCAUCAUCUUCAACGAGUCCACCGAAACCAGUGCCAAGAGAAACCAAAUAAAAGAGAUCACACCCAGAAAAAACGAAGCCAAAAGAUUUGACAUCUUCUUCUCGGAGCCCAAAAUGAGUUCUUCGUCGUCGUUAAAGACAGUGAGGCAGCUGCAGGUGGCGUCGCCGGUGCCAGCAGACAUAGACAUUGCCAACUCUGUCGAGCCUUUCCACAUCUCUGAGAUUGCCAAGGACCUCAAUCUCAGUCCCAAGCACUAUGAUCUUUAUGGAAAAUACAAGGCCAAGGUUCUGUUGUCUGUGAUUGAUGAGCUGAAAGGAUCUGAUGAUGGGUAUUAUGUUGUGGUUGGAGGAAUUACACCUACCCCUCUCGGAGAAGGCAAGUCUACCACUACUGUUGGACUCUGUCAAGCUCUGGGUGCUUUUCAGGAUAAGAAGGUUGUUACUUGCCUUCGUCAACCAUCACAAGGACCAACUUUUGGAAUUAAAGGGGGUGCAGCAGGUGGUGGUUACAGUCAAGUGAUCCCAAUGGAUGAGUUUAAUCUUCACCUAACAGGGGAUAUUCAUGCAAUUACAGCUGCAAACAAUCUUCUGGCUGCUGCCAUUGAUACUCGGAUUUUCCAUGAGGCAACACAAUCAGAUAAGGCUCUAAUGAACCGGUUAUGUCCACCAAACAAAGAAGGGAAACGGAGCUUUAAUGACAUCAUGUUUAGACGUCUGACGAAGCUUGGCAUCUCCAAGACCAGUCCUGAGGAUCUUACCCCAGAAGAAGUUAAGAAAUUUGCUAGGCUUGAUAUUGACCCAGAUUCUAUCACAUGGCGAAGAGUAAUGGACAUAAAUGACCGGUUCUUGAGGAAGAUUACAAUUGGCCAAGGCCCUGAUGAGAAAGGGAUGGUGAGAGAAACAGCAUUUGAUAUUUCAGUUGCCAGUGAAAUAAUGGCAGUUUUGGCCCUUACAACAUCUCUAGCAGAUAUGAGGGAGAGGCUUGGGAAAAUGGUGAUUGGAAACAGCAAGGCUGGUGACCCUGUAACUGCUGAUGAUCUUGGCGUAGGAGGUGCAUUAACUGUUUUAAUGAAGGAUGCUAUUAACCCUACGUUAAUGCAGACUCUUGAGGGGACCCCGGUUCUUGUUCAUGCCGGUCCUUUUGCAAACAUUGCGCACGGGAAUUCCUCUAUUGUGGCUGAUAAGAUUGCAUUGAAACUGGUGGGACCAGGUGGGUUUGUGGUCACAGAAGCUGGUUUUGGUGCUGAUAUUGGUACUGAGAAGUUCAUGAAUAUAAAAUGCCGGUAUAGUGGUUUAACACCACAGUGUGCAAUUAUAGUUGCAACCAUAAGGGCAUUGAAAAUGCAUGGUGGUGGGCCGGAUGUUGUUGCUGGGAAGCCUCUUAACAAUGCCUAUGUAACUGAGAAUGUGGCUUUGGUUGAGGCAGGCUGUAUAAAUUUGGCCAAGCAUAUUUCAAACACUAAAGCCUAUGGUGUGAAUGUUGUUGUUGCUGUGAACAAGUUCUCGACUGACAGUGAAGCAGAACUAAAUGCAGUUAGAAAUUCAGCAUUGGCUGCUGGGGCAUAUGAUGCAGUUAUUUGUACUCACCAUGCCCAUGGUGGAAAAGGAGCGGUAGACCUAGGGAUUGCAGUCCAAAGAGCCUGUGAGAAUGUUACACAACCAUUGAAGUUUCUAUAUCCUUUGGAUUUUAGUAUUAAAGAGAAGAUAGAGGCAAUAGCCAGGUCAUAUGGUGCAAGCGGUGUUGAAUACUCAGAGCAGGCUGAGAAACAGAUUGAGAUGUACAGCAAGCAGGGGUUUUCUGGUCUGCCAAUAUGCAUGGCAAAAACCCAGUAUUCAUUCUCACAUAAUGCUUCUGAGAAAGGAGCCCCCACCGGAUUUGUCUUACCAAUAAGGGAUGUAAGGGCUAGCAUUGGAGCUGGAUUUAUAUAUCCUUUGGUGGGAACAAUGAGUACAAUGCCGGGUCUUCCGACUCGUCCUUGCUUCUAUGACAUUGAUCUUGACACCAGCACCGGAAGGGUCAUUGGUCUUUCUUGAAUGUCAUUCUGCGUUUGGCUCUCCCUAUGCUCACAGAGGCAACCUUACCAAUACAGUUCUUCAAACUUCUGAAAUUGUGUUUUUUGCUUCUUGAGCCAGUUUUCUGUAUUACUAGAUAGCGAUUUCACAAAUAAAGAAAUCUCUGAGGUUGAUAACUAGCUUAUUGUGUUUUUUAACCCGAUGAAUAAUUUAUUCUAUUAUAAGAGUUGUUUCUGUACAACCACA